AUGGGGAAAAGAAUUGCUCUUGGUCACACAACCGCCAAUGAAGGGGUGCACAUGAGCAUCAACAGCUGUGGGUUUUUUGGGUUUCACAAGGAAGGCCUCCGGAUUGGCAAGAUUUCGUUGGUAUCAGUGUUGUUGGUCAUCAACUCCACCAUCAGUUUCAUUGAAGAAAACAAUGUUGGAAAUGCAGCUGCUGCUCUAAUGAUGUUGAGAGAUGGGAAAUGGAGUGAGCAAGAUACAACUAUCUUGGUCCCUGGAGAUGUGAUCAGCAUCAAGCUUGGAGACAUUAUCCCAGCUGAUGCUCAUCUCUUGGAAGGUGAUCCUCUUAAGAUAGACCAAUCUGCUCUCACUGGUGAGUCUCUCCCUGUAACCAGGAAUCCAGGUGAAGAGGUCUUCUCUGGAUCAACCUGCAAGCAAGGUGAGAUUGAGGCUGUUGUUAUCGCCACUGUUGGAAUGGUGAUCGAGAUCAUCGUGAUGUACCUGAUUCAACGCCUGCCUUACAGAAGUGGAAUUGAUAAUCUGUUGGUGUUACUCAUUGGAGUAAUUCCAAUUGCCAUGCCCACAGUGUUGUCAGUGACGAUGGCUAUUGGGUCUCACCGAUUGUCUCAACAAGGUGCCAUUACAAAGAGAAUGACUGCAAUUGAAAAGAUGGCUAGCAUGGAUGUGCUUUGCAGUGACAAAACUGGAACCCUCACCCUCAAUAAGCUCACAGUGGACAAGACCAUGAUUAAUGGAAUAGAAAGAAACAAAUGA